ACCCGAACGGGGUUAACAACGGAAGAAGGAGACAGAAGUGGGAUGGAGUGAUGCUGACCAGCAAGAGGACCCGGAGAGAAACAACGGGACCGCGGUGACCACAGAGAAGCAGAAAGACCGAGACGAUGGUUGGCCUGAGAAACCGGUCCACGUGGGCCCCGCUUCUCCUCAAGGCCUCCUGCAUCAAGUCCUGUGCCAACGGCUGCUCCCUGGGCAUCACCGCGCAUCUCACCUACGCCAACACAGACACCGAACCUGUGGAGGGUGUGUUUGUCUACCCGCUGGGGGAGAAGGAGGUGGUGGUGGGCUUUGAGGCGGUCAUCGCCGGCCGCAUGGUGGGAGUUCAGAUCCAGAGUCGGGGGAAGCUGGAGGAUUGCUGUCUGGACUGCUGCCCAGGAUCGGGGCUUGACGGCCAAUGUGGCAACAGACGGGAGUGGGGCUGCUGCGGGGGAUCCAGCCUGGACAUACAGUGUACCAACGGCCAUCUCAUCCUAGAUGAAGACUUGGAGCGAACCACCUUCGUCUUAGGCACAGGGGUCAUUGGCUCGAUGGACAUAGUAUCUGUCAUCAUAAGUACGACCGUGGAACUCCCCACCUUGAAGAGUGGCGCGAUCCACCUGGUCUACCCCACAGUACUCACUCCCAUCGCCACAGGGCGGGUGACUGCAAGCAAAAGCGAAAAUGGGGCGAAAUCAGAUGAAACAGGACCCACCAGUUGUUUUGGAGCCACCUCAGGGAAACAGGAGAGGGUUUUGGGUUCGGAGCAACAGUGUGCCCAUGCCAUCUUCACCAGCCCUGCCACCAACCUGGCACCCUAUGAGCUCAACUUCCAGCUGCUGGUCCGAGGGGCAUGCCUGCUGGCUGGUCUGGAAAGCCCUACCCAUGCACUCAGGGCAGAUGCAGACCCCAGCGCCCAGAGUGCUUCCUCCACCUACAUCACGCUGGCACAGGAACACCCCUAUGACAGACACAUAGAGAUCAUACUGCACCUCAGCGAGCCUCACAGCCCAUUGGUCAUCCUGGAGAGGGGUCGGCUCACCUUCAGCCAAUACGAGCAGCAGAUCUGUUCCCGGCGCGACUUCAUUCGCUGUGCUCGCAAAGAGCUGGAACCAGAGAAGAAGUUGGAGUUUGUGAGAAAGCGGUACCACAAGGACAUCCUGAGCAGCCCGGUCCUGAUGCUCAACUUCUGUCCCGACCUGCUGUCUGAGCCUCCAGAGCUGCACCGUGCCACCAGGGAACUGCUCUUCCUCAUAGACCGCAGCGGCAGCAUGAGCGGCAUCAACAUCCACCGCAUCAAGGAACCAAUGGUGGUAGCUCUGAAGAGUCUUCCUCCAGGCACCAUGCUCAACAUUAUAGGCUUCGGCACCACCAUCAAAGCCCUGUUCACCACCAGCAAGCUCUGCACAGAUGUGACCUUGGCACAGUCCUGUGAGUACAUCCACAAGAUGAGGGCUGACAUGCGGGAAACCAACCUGCUGGGGGCGCUGUCCUGGGUGUAUCAGCAGCCUGUGCAGCGCUCCUGCCCCCGCCAGGUGUUCAUCAUCACAGACGGCAGCGUCAGCAGUGUGGGCAAGGUGCUGGAGCUGGUCCGCAGGAACACUUGUGCUGCCAGGUGCUUUGGUCUUGGCCUGGGCCCCAGAGCCUGCAGGAGGCUCCUACAGGGCGUUGCCAAGGUGACAGGUGGAACCACAGAGUUCUUGGGUGAUGAGGAGAGGCUGCAGCCCAAGCUGAUAAAGUCCCUGAAGAAGGCCUUUGAGCCAGUCCUCACAGAUGUACGUAUAGACUGGUACCUGCCUGAUAACAUGGAGGCUCUCCUGUCACCCAAUGAGAUCCCUCCGCUUUACCCGGGGAAUCGCCUGAUUGGCUACUGUACCCUGUACGAUGUGUCUAGCUUCAGAGGCAAGAAGACUGAGGGGCGUGGUAGGGGCUAUAAAGGCUUGUCUCGAGGCUCGGUGGGCUCUGUGUUCGGCCUAUCCAACGACGAGCUGUCCCCUCCCUCCGUGUCUGAGCUCCUCCCUCUGGUUACAUCAUCAGAAGGUGCAGACCUAGAGGAGGCGCUGAGGGAAAUCUCCCGGGAAAUCUCCUCAGAGUUCUCCUGUGCCAAAGACACCGACACUGGGACUAGUACAGGUGGAGAGGUGGAAUGGUCCAGUGAUGUUCGUGGUAGGAUCCAGGAGAGUUCUUACAUCCAGGAGCAGUAUGUUCUGACCCGCUGCUCUCUGAGCAGUGAGAGGGGGCUGCCCUACACCCACACCCCCUCCACCUCCGACUCUAUGGGAGGCCCUUACCCCACUGAUCUGCUCCCCAUCCCGUGCCUGGACACGGGCUCCCUGCCGCAGGGCCUCGAGAAGAUGGCUCCAACCGAACAGAGAAGCACCCUGUCCCGCUGGGGCGAGUCGCCAUGGCAACAGCCCCCCUCCUCAGAGAAUACAGAUUCCGUGUCAGAAAAGGCAGGGCGUAUGUGUGGAGGGGAGGAAUCUCGAAGGAGACAGAGGGCAUUGGCCCGUUCAGCCAUGUCUGCAAGGAGUUUCUCCUCCCCCCAGGGUGAGCUGGACAUGCACCGCCUGCGGAGGGCACUAGAGAGAGUCUCCUUUGAUCAGGCGGUGGGGGGGAGGCUAGAGGAGAGCGAUGGGGAGAACCAGCCUACACCCAGAGGAGGGCUGUCCCGCAGGAGCCUCACUGACUCCAACGGCCUGCUGUUCCCUGUCUCUCCUCUGGACUGGGACAGCUUCACUGACCCGGAGUACCUGUUUACCGCCGCCCCCCCGGACGACCCCCCCACGCCCCCUGCCCAGUGCCGCUCCCUCAUCCACGGCCUCCUAGGAAGCAGGCCUGUUUCCUGGGAGGUCACCGUGGACCUGACCCAACUCUGGGCCCCUGAGGACCAAGGGACAGGAGGGACAUCCGGGGGAGGAGGAGAAGGGGGAGGAGGGGGAGACCUCUGGGAGGAAAUUAUCCACCAGCUGACAGCUCGCUCUGCAAUCAGGGACUUUGAGAAGAUGGCGGAGAAAGAGAGUGACAUCGAGCACGGGCCUGCUAAGCGGUACCGUAUGAAAGCCAUCCAGACCAGUAAGAGCUGUAACAUCAUCUGUACGUACACAGCCUUUACUGCCACUGACGCCAACACCAGCAAGGGUCCAUCAGACACUGUGGAAGUGAGAAACAACGGGUUGCGUUUGGGGAACAGACGGAGCUCCCAGGCAGGCAGUCGCAGACAGAGGGCCUACUCUGUGGGACUGGGCCGACGCCCCUCCAGCAGAGACAGUGAGGAAUUUGAGGACACCUGCAACUCCACAGACAGGGAUGAUACUCCUGCCUCCCCAUGCAGCCUAAAGUCUUGGGACAGCAGUGCAGGGGGAAAUCCCUACCCUGCCAGUCCCUCAGCCGUGUCCGGCACCUCCUCCACCCGCUCCCAACGCUCAGUGGAGAGCAAGUCUGUGGAGAGGUUCUUUGGCUCCAGAUUCCCUCUGGGCAGACUAAGGUCAUCUAACUCCUCUGGGAAGCAGGCCCCUCUGAAGGGCCACUGUCUUUCUGCUGAGGCAGAGAAACGCACAGACACGGAGUCCCCAGACUACCUCCCUCUGGUGCGUCUCCAGUUGGCCUCUGGGGCCUUCCUCCUGACAGAGGUCUACUCUGACUGUAUCCAGAUCCCCCUGGACCGUCUGAAGAGGGCAUCCCCCUACAGCCUCCACCGCAGUAGCCUCAGCCCCCCCUUCCGCUGCACCUCGCCCAACGCCCCAACAAUCCCCUCCUCCACCACUACCACGCGCCCAACUGGUACCCCCCUCCACCACACCACCACCACUACCAAGCCUCCUAGUCUCCCCCAUCACCACACCUCUACUGGUACCAAGCCCUUGGGUGGCCCCCAUACCCCUGACGACCCUCCACUAAUCCUGGACCCCCGACUCUGCAGGAGACACUUCUCCGACCGGUGCCAAGAGCCCCUGACGACCCUCCCCGACCCCCCUAGCUCCGAGGAAGGCUCUCCUGACACGACAAGUGGCCCUAUCCCCCAGACCACCCAAGCAGACAGCGGGCGCGGCUCAGAGACUGACGUCUGUGAGGGUUCUCUGUUGGAUCCAGCAGCUCCAGACCCCCAGGGGAGCGAUCAGCUAGCUCUGGGGGACCUGGAGGGCUCGAGCUGGGCCACGGCCGUGGCUCUGGCCUGGCUAGAGCACCGCUGUGCAGGUUUUUUCAUGGAGUGGGAGCUGGUGGCAGCCAAGGCGGAUUUCUGGCUGCGGGGCCAGGAGCUGCCGGAGGGGGUGGACCUGGCCGGGCUGAAGGGGGCUGCCAGGCAACUGUUUAUGCUGCUCCGCCACUGGGACGAGAACAUCCAGCUCAACAUGCUCUGCUACAAUCCCAACAACAUGUGACCACAUAGCCACCAUGUUAAAACCACCACAAUAUGCGAAAUGACUUAUUACCGUCACGACAACAUGUGAUAGUUACCGGUGUUUUCUCCUACUAGAACUUUGGUGCAGUUGCCUCCUACCUUGAAUCAUUUGUUUUUAAAAUCAGAUUCAGUUGAAAAAUGGCAUUUGCACCUCUGGUUGCUAAUAUGAAUGCGUCUGUGGCCCGCCCACAUAAAAGAAACAGAUUCCAUUUUCCCCAGUGCCAAGAUCAUUUAAAAGCCAUUGACUUAGGUAAAUUGAGACUUGACGGUGCAAACUCUACUUGACUAAACCCAAGAGGCCUUUAAGUACACCAUAUGAAACUACAAUAUGAUCAUGUAAAGCUUACAUUACUUUGAUUUAGUAGAUUUAGUCACUGCUCUAUUUUCUCUCAGCUGAAUGGCCUAUUAACUGGGUAGUCUGUCUAACUUGCAUUAGUGUAGAAUUAAAUUACUCAAAUGUAUGCUUGUGAAUGAAUGACAUUUAAUUCAAAUUUCUUUAGAGAUAUGCCUUUUAUUUUCACAUCUUUAUCAACAGAAUAAAACACACCUUUGGAAUCAAUCUCUGUCUUCAUGUGUAACACAAAACAGACAUGCAAAUCAAACACACAAACAUCAGAAAACAAAUAU